CAGAGACCACGGGACGUCGUUGUGUUUUCCAGGCCUGCCGUUGGACCUUGACCGGGAUUGGCCAAGAGAGAGAAGCGUGGAGCCAAGCCGCACUGCGCAAUCGCUGCGCAAUGUCAGGGCGCUCUUACAUGAGCAGGUCUGCAUCUUGCAGUCUUCCAUUGGUGACUGCUUACCUCACGCUACCUACCACCUGCCUACAGAGUACAGACUGACGGACGCCAUGGGGAUUCUUCAUCCAGCGCCUCCCCGUCCGCCACGGCGAAGCUCGCGUGUGCUUCUCCUGAUGGUGAUGUUGGUAUUGGUGUUGGCGGUGUUCCAUCCCAUAUAUCCUCCGUGCCACCUUCCAUCCAUCCGGCCGGUUGAGCCAACCACUAACGCCGAACAUCACAACCUCCAACUCUAUCAUUUUCACAAACGCAACCUGACCUCAUCUUUCGACACCCGUCCACGUCCCGCGCAUCAGCAGACAAUCGACAACCAAAAACAGCCGCCGCGCCCGCUGGCUUUGCUUCGGCCAUCUUCGCAUGUGAAGCCCAACUGCAGAUGUCGUAAUCGCAACUCCCACCAUCCCCGCCCCCUUUCCAGCCAAGCUUGCAUCUUUGGGGUUGGCCGUUUGGCAGUUGCGAAUCUCUGGGGAGGGGCGCGAAUCUCUGGAUGGAUGGCUCGCUCGGGAGGGGGGUUGAACAUGAGGGGCGCCGCGGCUUCCCACAGUGGGGUGCUUUGCCUCUCUCAGUGCUCACCGGUCUACUGCGCCCGUCAACUAUCAAGUCCCCAUCGUGACAACAACCGCCCGGUCUGCAUUAAAGAUUGGUGUCGGCUUGCAGUUUGCGGUCUCGUACAUGAGCGCAAUACCUGAUUUUCCCGCCCGUAUGCAACUGGCAGUCUGGCGCCGCACCCCGGCCGAUCCUGCCCUAGAUGCUACGGAGUACACAUUAGGUACGUCGUCGUCCUUUCCCGUUACUCUCGAAUCCACCCGCACUUGCGGUAAACAAAUGAC